AUGGCUUCAGAAAGAGCAUCCUCAGUGCUGAGACCAGACAUGAUCCUGAACCCUGAUGCAUCCAUGCCUCCUUUCACAGCUCUGCCCUUUCACCCACCUGGCCCCAGCCCAGCACUUGGGCCACCCAGGGGACAGCAGCCGCCACCCCUUAUGACUGCAGUGUUCCCUCUGGGAAGCCCCUUCUUGCUGUCUACUCUGCCUAGGACACCUCUGGUGGCAGGAGAUGGUACCUGUGGCCCAAGUGGGGCUGGGGCUUUCAGUGUCAUUCUCCAAGUCAGGUCAGAAGGGGAGCUGGUGCAGGCGCCCCCUAAUAAGACCUUUGUACUACCUCAGGCCCCCCUCAACUGGAGUGCUCCAGGGGCCUUCUGCACAGGUGCUCAGGGACAAGCUCCACUACUGUUGUCAGCUCCUCCAGUGGAGACCAUAAUGCCUGCCCCAAUUAUUGGCAGUGCCCCAAUUGUUGGUGGUAUCUCAGCCAGUGUUGGAGGCUGGAUCACGGGCCUUCCUCGCCCAGUGCCCUCACCAGCUACCCACCUGGCCCCCGUAGUGUCGCCAGUGAAUACUGGGCUGCAGCCCCAUGGGAUGUGCAGGGAGGGCAGCUUGCCCACCUCCCAAGCCAAGGCCUUGCAGGAUGACUCCUGUAACCCCAAGAGCGUCUAUGAGAACUACCGACGCUGGCAACAUUUUAAGUCACUGGCCCGGAGGCACUUUCCGCAGAAUCCUGAUACUGAAGCAUUUUCCUGCUUCCUCAUCCCAGUGCUUCGAACCCUGGCCCGGUUGAAGCCCACCAUGACCCUGGAUGAGGGCCUGUGGCGGGCCGUGCAGGAAUGGCAGCAAAAAAACAACUUUGAUCGAAUGAUCUUCUAUGAGAUGGCAGAAAAGUUUAUGGAGUUUGAGGCUGAGGAGGAGAUGCAGCUUCAGCAGUUGCAGUGGAUGAGGGGAUCUCAGUCCCUGCCUCCACCAACCCCACCGAGGCCUGAUCCUCAAGAGCAGCCAGGCACCAAGGUUGUCCAACAUCCAGUGGUCCUUCCUAAGAAGGCUGACACCAAGGCCCAGCCCAUCCACCUGCCACCACCCACACCUCAGCAGUGGCCACCUGAAAUCAAGGCACCUAAGGAGAUCCCGCCUGAAGCUGUGAGGGAGUACAUUGACAUCAUGGACAAGUUGCUGGGGCCUCCCUGUGGGGACCUAGGGAAACCUGAUGCUCAACUGGAAGAGGGAGAAGCAGACCAGUCCCAGGAUGAGUUUGGGAUCUACCCAGACCCAGGACUCCUCAGCUACAUUGACAAGCUGUGCUCCCAGAAAGACUUCAUCACCAAGGUGGAGGCUGUGAUUCACCCCCGAUUCCUGGAAGAAUUGCUUUCCCCAGAAACAAACAUGGAUUCCUUGGCUCUAACCCAGGAGCUGGAGCAGGAGGAGCGGCUCACCCUUGACCAGCUGGUGGAGAAGCGCCUCUUGGCCUUGAAGGAGGAACAGAGCGUGGGGGUAACCCUGAGUCGUCGUGCACUCCAGAUGGAAUCAAGUCCUUCUAAGUUAGCAGCUGGCCAAGGUGCAGAGAGAGACAGCCAUGGCCCGAAACUAGGGGUUGGUGCGGAAACCUGCCCAGCACAGAUGGCUUCCCGUGCCCAAGGACACAGCAGAAUGCAAGCUGACCUACUGAGGCCUAAGGCCCGCGGUCUCCUAUCUGGGCAUCCAGAGUCCCCCAGGCUGAGGGCCACCCUGCCAACCUCUCCUUUCCAGGGCCUCAAACCGACCUCCCUUGGCCUGGGGACCAGGGAUGCCUUGGGUCUCCAAGGUGCCUCUCCUGUUAGGGAGACAUUUGGGCCAGGUGACGGCUCCAGUGAGGAUGAGGAGGAACUCCCCAGCCUGACCUUCCUUCUGGCUUCCCAGAACAGGCUGUUGCCCUGGGGUCUAUCCCAGAGCCCUGUCCCUGUCCAGCCACCAUCUGCUCAAAGAAGAGGCCUCAGCUCUGCUACCCUUCCAGUGGCCAAAUGUAACAAGCGAGUGCUCUCUGGGGACCAGUUUCAUGCCGAGAAGAUGGCUUCCCCAGGGCCUGAGCUUGGAGCCUCUGGGGGGGAACCCCUGGCACUGGGACCUGGUCGAUCCUCACAGCCUCAAAAAAGAAAGGGUGACUCAUUUGUUUCUGGGAUGAAGAAGAAGCAGCGCUGUAGCCAAUAG